AUGAAUGUCCCUGGGUUGCUGCUCCCAGAAGGGGUCCUGACAGGGCCCCCUGAAGGCCUGGGGGCCAGGGAGAUGAUGCUGGGUUUAAAUGAUACCUCUCCAGAUAAAGGGUUAAUAGAAGACUUGAGUGUAGAAGACAAAGCCAUGGUGCAACUGGUGGAAGGAUUGCUUUCUCACUAUUUGCCAGAUCUGCAGAGACCAAAACAAGCCCUCCAGCAACUCACACAAAACAAAGUUGUAUUAUUAGACACACUGGAACAAGAGAUUUCAAAAUUUAAAGAAUGUCAUUCUAUGUUGGAUCUUAAUACUUUGUUCACUGAAGCUAAACACUAUCAUACCAACUUGGUCAAUGUAAGAAAAGAGAUGCUGAUGCUUCGUGAAAACACACGAAAAUUAAAAAAAAAAAGAGCAUUUAAACUGCAUCAGAAGAGGCAGAAAGAGCAGUUGGAAAGGGAGCAGCCACGAGAAAACAAAAUUGAAAGAGAAAAGCAGCUAACUGCCAAACCAGCUGAAAGGACAUGA